AUGGAACGGUACCUCCGGGAAGAGCCCCGGGGGAAACGCAGAGAUUCCCUUCAAGAAGAGGAGUGGGCGAGGUCAUCUUCGUGCUCACCACCUUCCUCCCUCUCCCCGCAGUCACCUAGAGUGGUCACAGUCACAACUGCAGCAGUGAAAAGUGAACCGCCUAGCGAUUCUGAUGAACCAAGAGGGACGAAAGUAAAUGAGCCACAUCGCUGCCGAUGUGGACUCAGUCAAGUCGGCCAACACGGUCCAACUUGCCAGCGCAAUGCUGCAAGAAUAUCUCGGCAUGGAACUGUAAAUCACGUGAGGCGGAAUAUUGUAACCGUGACCGUGCCUCCGGUCCAAGCUAUCCCAGUACGCGAGGAAGUCAAACGUUCAGAGGGAAUCACUAUCGUACCAGCGAAGAAAGACGAGCCCAGCCCACCGGUGCGUCGUCAUGUGCCGCGGCAUCAUGCGCACCCGCACGCAACGGAUCCCCGCCGACGCGUCCACCGCUGCGAAUUCCCCGCUUGCGAUAAAGUCUACACCAAGAGCUCGCACCUUAAAGCCCACAAACGGACUCACACAGGCGAGAAGCCUUACAAGUGCUCGUGGGAGGGCUGCGAAUGGCGGUUUGCUCGCUCCGACGAAUUGACCCGGCACUACCGGAAGCAUACCGGCGCGAAACCGUUCCGCUGCCGUCACUGCGAACGCUGCUUCUCCCGCUCAGACCACCUCGCACUACAUGCGAAGCGCCACGCGUAG